CGUUACAAGUGAUUAAUGGAUAAAUUGGUGCACGUUUUACAAGUUACAAAUAUUUUUAACGAAUGUCUAGUUAUUGUUAGUGUAUAUAAAAAGCUUAAGCGUUUCUUAGACUUUCGAGUCUGAAAUAGAACCGGAGUAUACGCGCUUUUAUCUCAGUUAAUCUGUCUUCGCCUUAAUAAUUUCUAAUUAUGGCUAAUGGUCGAGCUAACGGCUGAUGUUUUGUUUGCAUAUACCGCUUUGGAGUCAUGAAAUUGAGCUUAUUGUCUCCGCUCCGGCUCAACCCUAGACUUUUUGCAGUCUCGCGGUCGAGGACAAUGUUAAAUUGGGUUAUGCGAAAGAGAGCAGUGAGAGUAGACGUGUUAGUGAGUUAGUGCCAUUGAUACCAUUCAAUUUGUUGUAAUUAAGUUGUUUAUGUUAACGUUAUACGGAACUCGAAAGAAAGAUAGUGUGAUAAAAAGAUGAGUAUGAACGCUACGAGUCUGUACGUAUCGACCUGCCGGCUAAUCUUGCAGGCUGAUAGCGACGAUCCUAAUUCAUGGAUAGACCUCUACAGGUUGGUUCCAUAUCUUCGUCAGAGUCUCAGCUGUACUGUAUGCUCGAAUCUCCUAAUUGAACCGCAUACUCCUACUGAAACUAAUUGCCAGCAUCACGUUUGUCGAACUUGCCGCGGUGGUCGUAAGAAACUGAAACCUUCGUGUGGCUGGUGCAAGGACUAUGAUAAGUACAUCGAAAAUGUUCAGCUCAGAAUCCUGUUGCAAUGCUACAAAAAGCUUUGCCAUUACCUCACUAGCAGUCACAUCUACCAAUGUCUUUUGCUCACUGGCUCAACCUCAACUACUAAUGCUGUAAAUGCAGGUAGCACUACUGGCAAACCUUUAUUCCCUGCCGACUGUCUUACAGAGCUUAUCAAAGAAGGCGCUGGUUUUAAAGAUGAAUUUAAUACUAAUCAUGGUCUUUCUAAGAUGGCCUACAGCAUUCUACCCUGUGUUUACACUACCAGUACAACCUCAACUCAGACUACAACUGUCAUAACUUCAAAUUUGACAACGUUACAUCAACCUCAGCAACCUAUCGACCCACUGGCUGCUCAACAUUCUAUUGAUGUUGAUUCUCAUUCCAGCAUAGAUAACACUCUAGUUAAUGAUAAUACUGUUUCAACACUCUGUGCAUCCAUACCUAUUACGCAAAAUGAAACACUUAAAAUGGUAUCUAAUGGUUCUUCCAUAUAUUCAGUUAUGUAUGCUGGGUCAGGCAACAAAAUUACCAUUAAACGUAAAGCUACAAAUCCAGCAGUUGUGUCUGAUAAUAUUGCUACUGGUGCUGGGGUUGGUGGUCAACAACUUGAUAAUAUUUUGCAAUCUCAACCACUUGAUACCAUACAACAGUUAUCAGAACCACAGCAACUAGGUCUUGUAAAAUGUAUACCUGCUUCUCAUUUGUACCAGCAGUGCCAAGUUAAGAAGUCUGUAAAAAGUAACAAGAAACCAAGGUCCAACCCAGUGAGAACCAAAAGAAAAGGUUGCAGAUGUGGAAAUGCUACGGCAGUACCUGGCAAACUGACAUGCUGCGGACAAAGGUGUCCUUGUUAUGUGGAAAGUAAACCUUGUUUAGAAUGUAGGUGUAGGGGUUGCAGAAAUCCACAUACCAGGGAUGGUUAUAAGAUACGUCCUCACAUACCAGAGUUGCAUAAUUUGCAACUUCAACUAUCCAGUCCUCUUGACAGUGAUACUAUGACUACAGAUCCAUUAGGCUCUACACGACAGUGCCUCUCAGUAUCACCAACAAUACAAGUGCUCAAUGUCUAUUCAACUCCAAAGUUAGACAUUGACAAUGUAUCACAAAACUUACCUGCAGCACUUUUGGUUGGUGAAGAUGCAAUGGGUAGUACAGAAAGUGAAGCUGAUGACAGUGACAUACAAAUAGAUGUAUGACGACAAAUUUAAACGAUCAUAUAGAACUUAUAAAAGUGACAUACUUAUUGAAAUCAAAUUUUGUCUACUAUUUUUUAUCAUGCUAAGUAAAUAGCUUUUUACAGUAGGUGAGAAUUGUAUGCAAGGACUAUGAACAUGCUACUAAAAAUUUUAAUACGAAAAGUGCAUCUUCUGUUUUUAUGAAAAUGUAUGCAUAAGAUAUGAAUAUUUUUAUUUAUGGUGUAAUCUUUAAUAUAUACUUUUUUCUUUUUUUACUUUUAAUUUCUACAAUGUCCUCUCUUUCCGUUUUACAGUUGUUCCUAUUUUAUACAAAUUUUUAUUUCUCAGCCAGAUAAUUUUCUUAUAGAACGGACGGAAAAUACUUUAUUAUUUGGUGUAAAUUCGUAAGAGUGUAUUACACGCAUUAUGAUAAAUACGAAAAUAGUAGAUUGUUCAACAAACAAAAAUCGAGUGUUUCUAGUUAAGCGAUGUUCGCAUACGAGUCUAAAAAUCAUAUUUGUCAUACGUUGAACAGUAUGCUUUCUACAACGAGAGUACAAAUCAAUUUUUUUUAUUAAAUUAUACUUUGAAAUCAUCCUCUACCAAAUGUUCCCCGUUUUGAACUUUUUUUUUAUUACAUUACAUUUCAUUUAUACGAAGGAUCUUUAUAAAUUUGCUAUUUUUUUUUAUAAACGUUUCCAGUUUUAUAUAUGAGCCAACAAAAGUGGAAAUAGAAAUGUUAUAUGCUAU